CUUAUGUACGGCUCUAGCGAUCUACAGUAAUGAGGGUAAAACCGCAACAGGCAUCUAUUUUAACUUGGCACUAAGUGCUGGCAGCUGGCAGUAGUUCAUUGCAUAAGCGCAUGGGCAGACGUGCAUUUGAGACCUGUAGCUGUGUAGCAUCAACUCCAACGGAUCUCAUAUCUGAAACUUGUGACUUCAUUUUCUCAUUAUUUACUGUGUCUUUUUCCAAGGACUUGCAAGUGCAUGCAUAGGCUUUAUCGUUUGGUCUAGAUGCUAUCCAAAAGACCAUACCCGUACAGUUAGAUUAACGUGAUCUAGACCAUAGCCAACCAACCUACACAGGCUGACAUUAUUUUAGUUUCAGCGCAUAACUGGGCAGACAUUUCGUGUGAUGGGACUCUCCAAACUCUGAAGGAGUGCCGCUGAAGUGGGAAGAAAGGGUAGAGGAGAAAGACCACUGGGAAAACGAGAGGAGAAGGAGAAAGAUGGAGCCCAUAUCUUUAGAUCAGGCUGCAACGGUGGAUGAGCUGGUGGAAGCGUGCAUCCGUGCCUUCGAUGAGAAGGGCACUUUGAAGGACCCCUCCGUAGUGCGCAUGUUCCUCAUGAUGCACCCUUGGUACCUCCCCUCCACCGACAUGGCUAAGAAACUACUGCUCAAAUCACAGGAGGAGAGCUGUACUGCUGAACUCAGGACAAGAAUCUGCCACCUGGUGAAGUACUGGAUUUCGGAGUUCCCGGCAGAGUUCAAUCUGAACCCAGAACUGGCAGAGCAGAUUAAAGACCUCAAGGACCUCUUGACCACCGAGGGGAACGAGCGCCAGAGUCAGCUCAUCGACAUCGACAGUGUACCGUCGUACAAAUGGAAGCGUCAGGUGACCCAGCGGCAACCCUCUAUGUCCAAGAAAAGGAAGAUGUCUCUGCUGUUUGACCACCUGGACUCCUGCGAGCUGGCCACACACCUCACCUACCUGGAGUACAAGUCCUUCUGCAAGAUACUGUUCCAGGACUACCACAGCUUUGUGAUGCAUGGCUGCACGGUGGACAACCCCAUCCUGGAGCGCUUUAUCACCCUCUUCAACAGUGUGUCUCAGUGGAUCCAGCUCAUGGUGCUCAGCAAGCCCACUGCCCCCCAGAGGGCAGAAGUCAUCUCCCACUUCAUCAGGGUGGCUCAGAAACUGCUCCAGCUUCAGAACUUCAACACUCUGAUGGCGGUAGUGGGGGGGCUCAGUAACAGCUCUAUAUCUCGUCUCAAAGACACCCAGUCACACAUCAGCAACGAGACCAACAAGGUGUUCAACAGCCUGAUUGAGUUGUUGACAUCUUGUGGUAACUACAGCCAGUACCGCCGCCGCUUCUCCGAGUGCACAGGCUUCCGCUUCCCCAUCCUGGGCGUGCACCUCAAGGACCUGAUUGCCGUGCAUGUGGCACUGUCCGACUGGGCCGACCCGGGCAAGAGCAGGGUCAACCUGGCUAAGUGUCAACAGCUGUAUGCCAUCCUGCAGGAGCUGGCGCUGAUCCAGACCACACCACCCACCAUUGAUUCCAACACAGACCUGCUCAAUCUACUCACAGUGUCUCUGGACCAGUACCACACAGAGGAGGAGAUCUACCAGCUGUCUCUACAGAGAGAGCCACGCAGUGCUAAACCAGCAAACUCUGGCCCCGCUCCCGCCACCAAGCCCUCGAUGAUUGACGAGUGGGCAGCGUCGGUGAAGCCCAAAGCCGACCCUGCGGUCAUCAACAAACACAUAGAGAAGAUGGUGGACUCUGUCUUCAAGAACUUUGACAUGGAUGGGGAUGGUCACAUCUCCAGGGAGGAGUUUGAGAUCAUCAGGGACAACUUCCCCUACCUCAGCAAGUUUGGAGAACUGGACAAGAACCAAGAUGGGAAGAUCAGCAGAGAGGAGAUGAUCGACUACUUCAUGAAGGCCAGCUCUCUGCUCAACUGUAAGAUGGGCUUCAUCCACACCUUCACAGAGGCCACCUACGUCAAGCCCACCUUCUGUGAACACUGCACUGGCUUUAUAUGGGGCUUCUACAAACAGGGAUACAAGUGUAAAGCUUGUGGAAUUAACUGUCACAAGGCGUGUCAAGGUCGUCUGGCAGUGGAGUGUCGUAAACGGACCAAGAGCAUCAGCCACGAGCACGCACCCUCUCUCCAGGCCCGCUCCUACAGCUUCCCCCCUCCGGCCAACACCCCACCCAGCCUACAGAACACAGUGAUUGUAGAGGAAGACCUAGAGGAAGUGGAGGAAGGCAUGAUUGAUAUCCAUCUAUAACCAGAAGUAUGCAUUCAGCCAAAUACAGCUGGGAGGAAACAACAGCAGUUGUGAGCCAGAAGCACAGCCUACUAUGGCGUCUGGAGUCUGUUUAGAAGGGUACAAUGUUAGAGAAUGUUGCAGAUAGAAAUAUGUCAUCUAGAACAUAUGAUUGUCUGUCAUAUAAAAGAGGAAAUCGUGUCUGCUCUAUUCAUUCCAUUUCUAUAUGAAACGUUUGACUGUCUCAGAUAGAAAUCCAUUACGUAGAGCAGAUAAGAUUGUCUGUCGUGUAGAAGAGGGAAUGGUGUCAGCUCUAUUAAUUCCAUUUCUAUCUGCAAUGUUCAGCGUGUUUCACAUCACUGACUGAAAACACACCUGGUGACUUCCAGAGAGAGAGAAGAAAUUGUACUGAACACAACACGGGAAACCUACAUGCUGUCACAUGGUGGACAAAAACUGCAACUGCAUACCUUCAAGCGCUCAAGACUUCUUCCUCUGUGUAUCUCAACUCCCUUUAAACAAGUGAAUGUCUUUCUAUGUUAAAUCUGCAUUUUAGAUUCUGGAUAUGGGCCCAUGUUUUCAUAUCUCUUACCUAGUUUUAAACGUUGAAUAUAGAAAAAAAUCCACAUAAUUGUAUUUUCAGGGUAGAGAUGUUAGUGUAAUGUUAUUGCCUCCAAGUGUAAGUGGUGUUGUGUUUUCAGUGCAUUUAGCUGUACGUUAUUCUGUAUUAAUAACCUAAACGAUGUCUCUCCAAAAUACAAGAGGUGCUGUUAUUGCCAAGAAAGAAUGUAUAGGCUACAUGCCACCUAGACUUCCGUCUUCUGUUUCUGAGAAAGCGUUGCUUUGUCUUAGUAGUUUGUCAUCUUGUUUAUAGUGAAUUUUAUGAGAGAAAUUUAAAACACCAUGUGUUCGAUGUCUGAGAUGAAAUGUUUUAGCUCCAGAUCUGCAUUCAUGGAUUGGGCAUCUCACUUGGAUCUAUCUCAACAGCAACAACAACAAUAACAUCAACAACUCAAAUGGACUGUGGAACACCCCAGAAGUUGAAUAGUAUUUGAAUGCUGUUGUAUUUCCCACCCUCCUGUUACCUGAAUAUUAAUGACUGUCCUAUGGUAAUUUGACUGUGGUGCGUACAGUAUGGUGUACGGUUCUGUCUCAGUGCAUGGGCCACAGUACCUUUACUCUCUAACUUUGAAUGUAGUUUGAAACAGUGCAUAUUAUAUAUCGUCCUGAGAUUUGAACUCUAUUUUAUUAUGAGAUGUUAAAGACUACUGUUUUAUCCUCCUGAGACCAGCAAAAAAAGGGAUGAAAAAGGGGUGUUUGCAGUUUUUUAAAAAAUAUUACGAAAAUAAUUUGAACAAAUAUUUUGUUUUAUUUUAUUUGCACUGUAGUGGAUAUAAUCGGUUGCUAGUAAAUAUGGAACAUUACACUAAAUGGGUACAGUAGGUGAAAAGCAUCGUUUUGAUGUCCACUACAGAGGACAUUAAUGAACAAGCUCUUAUUGUUUAUUUAUUUUUUAACCAGGGUCAAAGUUAUCAAGGUCACACCCUCAUACAUGUGAUAUCAUUGAAAAUCCAAGAAUGUCCUCUCAAAGGUAGAACAGGACAUAAAGUAACUGACUGUGAUUCCAGAUUUCUAUGAAAUAUGACCUAUAAUUACUUACAAUAUGAGUAAAAUAGUUUUCCUUAAAAAAAAAUGUAAUUAAGUAUGUUAAAAAUAAGCUUUUAUGUGUUAGAAUAGUGUGGGCAUUUACCGGUCAUUAAAAAUAUGAAUGAACAUAGCUCGUUGAUUGGCCAGCUCAUCUUCCUCAGGAGUAUGACAUCAUACGCUGAGGAAAUAGCAUGCAUUUUUUAAAUGGUCUGUUUGAGAUCAAUUUAAGGUGGGGUUUUUGAAGUGUGUUUUUCUCCAGUUUAUGCUUUGGCUACAUACGAGUAUAGCACAAGUCAACUACAUUAUUUGGGUAUGAGUUAACAGAAUAUUAACUUUAAGUUAGAUUUUAACUGGACAUUUACUUGUGGCAUGUAUGGCCUCAGAGUUAAGGACCAAAAAACGAAUGUCCAUUAGAGUGGAUAAAAAUUAAUUGCUGGGCAUUAGGAGGAUAUCAAAUAUGCUUCUUAUUGCUUCGAGGUGAUCUACUCUUGCCAAAUGUCUUUGCUGUCGAGUGUAUUUUUAUGUAGCACGCAUAUUUAUCUUUUUUUUUUUAUGGCAACAUGAAAUCCUAUAGGCGAGAGUGUCCUAAAUGUAGUAGUUUGGGGUCUAUAAGAGCCCCACAGUGGAGGUGUCAUAAUACCCAUAAA